UUAUACUAGGAAAACAAUAAUACUCAAUUAAAACCUCUUUUAUUUUGUAUUUUUUCGUUUUACUGUUUGUCUUGUAUUGUUUUUUUCUUUACUUUUUGGAUUUAUUAUUGGGUGUGAUCAAAAUAUUUUGAAGAAGCAAAAAAGAUGUGGUUUUUUGGGAGAAAAGGGGCAUCAGGGUUUUCAGCUUCUUCAACAGCUGAAGAUGUUACUAAAGGUAUUAAUGGAACUGGUCUGACAGCCAUUGUUACAGGAGCUACAAGUGGUAUCGGCACUGAGACAACACGAGUUCUAGCAAUGCACGAUGUACAUGUAAUUAUGGCAGUACGAAAUACUGAAAGUGGUAGAAAAGUUAAACAAACUAUACUUAAUGAAACUCCUACAGCUAAAGUUGAUGUAAUGGAGUUGGAUCUUAGCUCCCUGGCAUCUGUGAGGAACUUUGCAGCUGAGUUCAUUUCUUCGGGACUUCCUUUGAAUAUUCUUAUUAACAAUGCAGGGGUUAUGGCUCCACCAUUCCUACUUUCAAAAGACAAGAUUGAACUACAGUUUGCAACUAACCAUUUAGGUCAUUUUCUUUUGACACAACUUUUACUCGAGACCAUGAAGCGUACUUCACAUGAGCAGAAUAAAGAAGGCAGGAUAGUCAACGUAUCAUCUGAAGCUCAUAAAUUUGCAUAUAAAGGGAUUUACUUUGAUGACUUAAACAAAGAAUCGAGUUACAGUCCAAUAUACAUGUAUGGACAAUCAAAGCUAGCCAACAUACUGCAUGCUAAAGAGCUAACAAAAUGCUUCAAGGAAAACAGGGUGAAUUUAACUGCAAAUGCUCUUCAUCCUGGAUCUAUUGCUACUAAUCUUCUGCGUUACCACAAAAUUAUCGAUGGUGUGGUUGACUGGGUUGGCAAAUACUUUCUGAAAAACAUACCUCAGGGAGCAGCAACUACAUGCUAUGUCGCAUUGCACCCACAAGUUAAAGGAGUCAGUGGCGAAUAUUUCAUGGAUAGCAACAUAGCCCAACCAAACUCAUACGCUAAAGAUUCAGCAUUGGCUAAAGAACUAUGGGAUAUCAGCUUGACAAUGGUAGCUCCAUAGCGAAGAUUAAACAAGACUGGUUCAUUGUAUUAGUGUAUCACUAGGUAAGAAUGAGACUGUAAUUUAAUUAAAUGUGUGUAGACUAUUUGUAUGCUUAUACGUUGACCAAUUUGACUAGUCCUUGCUAGUUAAUUUAGCCAGAUUUUUAAUUUUAGGAUUCAUAUCAGAAUAUAGAUGAUCAAAGAGAUAUCCGUUAGAGGUUUGUUAUUA